CGCACCAAGUGCAAGAAUGGUUGGUAUACCAAAGAUGGAGCAACUGAAAAGUGCCCUCAAUUCUCGGAUCAAUAACCCUAAUUCGCAACGUCGAAUGGUUUUGUGUGUGGUUUGUGUUGCUCUUCUCCUGGACAACAUGCUAUACAUGGUGAUUGUACCCAUUAUACCCGACUAUUUACAGGCGAUAGCUGGUCUUGGACAUGAACAAGUGAUGUGGACAAACGGAACGUACAGCAAACAAGUAUCGCCUACCGAACGUUAUUUCAACGACUCUAGCGGUCAGUAUCAACUGCGAUGGCUAGUGCACGAGUCUGAUGCAAAGAUCGGAACUCUGUUUGCAUUUAAAGCCAUUGUCCAAUUGCUAUUCAAUCCGCUCUCUGGAACCGUUAUUGACCGCAUCGGAUACGAUUUACCAAUGAUGUUCGGUCUUUGUGUCAUUUUCGUCUCCACAUCAAUGUUUGCUUUUGGACGCUCCUUCGGACUGAUGUUCCUUGCACGUGGACUACAAGGAAUGGGUUCUGCGUUCGCCGACACCGCAGGAUUGGCAAUGAUCGCAGAUCGAUUUACAGAGGAAAAGGAGCGCACAAAAUCUCUGGGAAUCGCACUGGCCUUCAUCUCGUUUGGUUCACUUGUAGCCCCUCCUUUUGGUGGAAUUCUGUACCAAUUUUUUGGAAAGGAACUGCCAUUUAUAACCUUGGCGUUCAUUGCUUUGCUCGACGGAUUCUUGUUGAUGGUAAUUAUGCAACCGGUACGAAUAGAACGCACGGUCUUGAAGGCAGAGGGCAAUUUACCCAAAGGAACCCCAAUACACCGGCUCCUUUUAGAUCCUUACCUUGCCAUUUGUGCCGGUUGUCUGACUGUUGCGAACGUGUCCCUUGCCUUUCUGGAGCCCACGAUCUCGAACUGGAUGUCCGUCGAGAUGCAUGCAACAAACUCCCAGGAAGGUCUAGUUUGGCUUCCUGCAUUUCUGCCCCAUUUGGCCGGAGUGAUAACUACGGUAAAACUGGCCAAUAAAUAUCCAAAGUACCAAUGGCUUAUGGCUGCUGCCGGAUUAGCAAUUGAAGGAGUGAGCUGUUUCUUCAUUCCAUUCUGCACCAACUUCCUUGCCCUGAUGAUUCCAAUCUCGGUACUGUGCUAUGGAAUUGCACUAGUGGACACUGCUAUCUUACCCACCAUGGCAUUUCUAGUUGACACUCGGCAUGUUUCCGUCUACGGUUCUGUCUACGCCAUCGCUGAUAUCUCUUACAGCAUAGCCUAUGCGCUUGGACCCAUUGUCGCUGGAGGUCUGGUUCAGGCAAUUGGAUUCCUUGGCCUGAACAUCGCCAUCACACUAUGUACUCUCGCAUUCGUGCCCGUUCUCUAUCCUUUGAGAAAGUGUUACAAACAGACUGAGAUCACUGCAGCAAGCCGCGAACUACGAAGGCGUAGUACCUUCUCAGCUGACGAUCGACGCUCACAACAAGCCCCUUUGGCUGACAAUGCACUUCUCAAUGAUCACAAUAAGACGGUGUAUCCUGGUUACGAACAAACGCAGCAUUUCGAGUAUGGCGUCGAAAAGCGUUCACUAAUGGGAGGCAACAGCAUGUCGAACCAGAGGCAGCCUACAUCUCGCAAAGGAAAUGUGGAUUUUUCGCUGCCAGAGCAGGAGGGAUAUGGCUACGGAUGA